AUGUUUCAACCACUGCGCUCCGCCCUCCCUGCCUCCCGCCCGGCCUUCGCCAUCGCCGUGCGGCCCCCUACAGUCUCGCGACACCUCCUCUCCACCGCAGCCCUCGCCCCGCCCAUGGACGACGUCCCACUCCCGAUCUUUGACAUCUUCGACGCCCCCGCCCGCCUCGGCGAGUCGAGCAAGCUCCUCGCCCGCGCCGCGUUCUCUACCAUCGCCCGCCGCACCGUCCCCCGCCCCGCCUCGCCCCGCCGACCCGCGCCACGCCCCCUCCCCCAGCGACGCUCUUCGACGGCCCCGCGCGCCCCCGCGCUCGCGCAAUGCCCCCGGCGGCCGCUCCCCGCCCCUCUCCCGCCCACGGAGGUCUUCGACGGGCCCUCGCGCCUGCGGCCGUACGGCCGCGGCGGUGCUCGCUCCGGGCCGGGAUCGGCGUUUGCGUUUGCGCCGCUCGCCGCCGCGCUCGCUGGCGCCGCCGUCAUCUUCGGUGUCGACGUCUCGCCGGGGAAGGACGCCCCGUUUCUUACGAAGCUCGGUCGUUGGGUUCCGGACGAUUCGUCUUUUGCAAAACACGCCCCACUGGCAUCUCGCCAUGGCGAGACCAUAGGUCGUAAACCUUUCUGUCCCUCUCACGCAAGACUCCAUGCGCUAGAUUUAGUCUGA